GGUAACAGUGUCUGCAGUGCCCCGAGAUGCUUCGAUGAGCAACUUCCAUCGGUUUGCUUUCAGUGCCUGCUUGGAGAAAAUGAGCUGUGCGAUAAGAGAAGACCAUCGUGUACCCGAUGCUCAACGUUGGGGUUAGCGUGCGAGGAACAAGCGCCUUCUUUGAAAGCCGGAAUGCUGUAUCUCACCAGUCUGUCAUGACCAUCGACCAGCGCUUGCCAGGGGGCCACCGACGUUGAUCAGUGGUGUAGACGGGAGUACGGUACCUAGUGUGUGUGCUUGGAGUAGAUGGUUCUCUUGACGAAUGAAUCAGGUCUUAGCAUUGUUGGGACUUGGAAACUGUUGGUAUUCCUAUCACAGGGGUUGGUUCGAACCGUGGGUGACGAAGAGGUCAAAAUCGAUAUAUAUUUAGCUUCUGCGUAAGGUGUAAAAAGGAGGUUCCAACCGUAGGUUGGGCAGACCGUGG